UUUGGCGAGUGUUUGACGAGUGCUGCAUUUAUUGUGUUCUCGCCUUGACGCCGCUUCAAAGAUGGCUCUCAGAAUCCGACGGGUUCUUAACUGCGUCCCAUUAACGUUUUCAGAAUUCUGGUGACAUUCCAAACCGUUCGGACUUCGGUAACGGAUUUAACGGUCAUCGCUUGCUGCCCCCGCUGCUCUCCCUCUUUCUGUCUGCACAGUUUCGCUUUGUGACUUAUUUCGCAAGCGCUCGCCCCUCGCGCUAGCUAGCAAACUGGCUAGCCUCACAUUUGUAAAUAUUAGCUAGCCUGCUGGCUGGCUGGUCGUUCUUCCCGGGCUAGCCGGCUCCGCGCUCCUGCUAAGAUGGCCACCAUGGAGAAGCUGAUGAAGGCCUUCGAGUCGCUCAAGUCUUUCCAGCAGCAGCAAGGCCCGCUGUCUGCGGAGGAGCUCGUCCAGAAACAGAAAAAAGACCUAGCUACAACCAAAAAGGAUCGAGUGACUCACUGUUUGACGAUAUGUGAGAACAUCGUAGCACAAUCUCUAAGGACUUCUCCAGAGUUCCAGAAACUUCUAGGAAUCGCCAUGGAAAUGUUCCUGCUGUGCAGCGACGACAAGGAGUCCGAUGUCAGGAUGGUGGCGGACGAGUGCCUGAACAAAAUAAUUAAAGCAUUAAUGGAUUCCAACUUGCCUCGACUGCAGCUUGAGCUGUACAAAGAGAUUAAAAAGAAUGGUGCCUCUCGGAGCCUGCGGGCAGCCCUGUGGAGGUUUGCUGAGCUCGCUCACCUCGUGCGUCCACAGAAAUGCAGACCGUACCUGGUAAACCUGUUGCCAUGCCUGACGCGGAUCACUAAGCGGCAGGAGGAGACAGUGCAGGAGACUUUGGCCUCUUCAAUGCCUAAAAUCAUGGCAGCCCUUGGACACUUUGCCAACGAUGGGGAGAUCAAGGUGCUUCUGAAAGCCUUUGUGGCGAAUCUGAAGUCCACUUCUCCCACUAUUCGGCGCACAGCGGCCAGUUCUGCUGUCAAUGUGUGUCAGCACUCGCGCAGAACAAACUACUUCUACACCUGGCUCCUCAACGUGCUGCUAGGCCUUGUGGUUCCAGUGGAUGAUGAGCACUCCAGCCACCUGAUUCUGGGUGUGUUACUGACAUUGCGCUACCUGAUGCCCCUUCUGCAGCAGCAGGAUGCUAGCACCAGCCUGAAGGGCAGCUUUGGUGUCAUGCGUAAGGAGGCAGACAUCUCCCCUACACCUGAACAGCUCAUACAGGUGUACGAGCUGACGCUCCACUACACACAGCACCAUGAUCAUAAUGUAGUGACUGCUUCUCUAGAGCUUCUUCAGCAGCUGUUCCGUACUCCUUCUCCUGAGCUCCUACACACACUUAUAACUCCUGGCAACAUCAGACACACUAGUGUCUUCAGAGAGGAGACAGAGAGCCGUGCUCGCAGCGGGAGCAUCCUUGAGCUCAUUGCUGGUGGGUCGACGUGCAGUCCACUCGUCCUCAGGAAGCAGAAAGGUAAACUGCUGUCAGGUGAAGAGGAAGGUCUAGAGGAUGACCCUGAGAGGGCAGAGGUCACCACAGGCUCCUUUUCAGCCUCAGUGGGCAGUGAAAGCACCAGCGAUGCUCCUUCCUCCUCUGGUGUGUCCUCCCUUGGUCCGGCCGACAUCAUCACAGAGCAGCCACGAUCUUCCCAGCACGCUCUGCAGCCGGGUGAUUCGGUGGACCUGAGUGCUUCGUCGGAGCAGGGAGGUGGGCCUGACACACCAGAUGAAGAAGACGAGGAGGACAUGUUGAGCCGCAGCUCGAGUGGUGUCACUGGGGCCAUUGGCACCGCUGCUGACCUUCUCGCCGAGACCAAUCAGGCUUCAACAGGCCCGACAUCGUCCUCGCCACCCAGCGAUAGCUCCCAGACCACCACGGAGGGGCCGGACUCCGCCGUGACUCCUUCGGACUGCGCUGAGCUCGUGUUGGAUGGCAGUGAGAGUCAGUACUCAGGGAUGCAGAUAGGCACUCUGCAGGACGAGGAAGAGGAGGGAGUGGCUGCAGCCCCUGGUGAAGCUCUGGAGCCUUUCUCUGGGUCUGUGCUGGCACUGAGUAAACCUCACCUGCUGGAGGGUAAAGGUCACAACAGGCAAGCUUCUGACAGCAGUGUGGAUCGCUUUAUACCAAAGGAUGAGGUUCUGGAGCCUGCAGACCUCGAUAAUAAGCCGUCUAGGAUUAAAGGAGAGAUUGGCUAUUAUACAGACCCAGCGGAGGCGCCUCUGAUCCACUGUGUUCGGCUGCUGUCUGCCUCCUUCCUGCUCACCGGCCACAGAAAUGGGCUGGUUCCUGAUAAGGAGGUCCGUGUGAGCGUGAAGGCCUUAGCUGUUAGUUGUGUUGGUGCAGCAGCAGCUCUUCUUCCAGAGGCUUUUUUUAACAAACUCUACCUGGAGCCCCUGGACGGACAGCAACCAGAUGAGCAGCAGUACAUCAGUGACAUCUUGCACUACAUUGAGCAUGGGGACCCUCAGAUCAGAGGAGCUACAGCCAUAUUGUGCGGAGCUUUGAUCCAGGCCGUCUUGCUCAAGACUCGCUUCACCACAGAGCCGUGGCUCUCCCGCCUCCACAGCACCACCGGAAACCCUGUGUCUCUGGAGGACUUUGUGCCCUUGCUGCAGCGCAGUCUAAAGGAUGAGUCCUCAGUGACAUGCAAAAUGGCCUGCUCAGCUGUGAGGCACUGUAUCAUGGCUUUGUGCAGCAGUAGUUUUAGUGAACUGGGUCUGCAGCUUCUUAUCAACCUCUUGGCCCUGAGAGAUUGCUCCUACUGGCUGGUCCGUACUGAGCUGCUGGAAACUCUGGCUGAGGUGGACUUUCGGUUAGUGUGUUUCCUGGAGAGGAAAACGGAGAAGUUGCACAGAGGAGAACAUCACUAUACGGGGUUGUUGCGGCUGCAGGAAAGAGUGAUAAAUGAUGUAGUGCUUUACCUGCUGGGAGAUGAUGAUCCAAGAGUACGGCAUGUUGCUGCUUCUACCGUUAGCAGGUUGGUGUCCAGGUUGUUCUAUGACUGUGACCAGGCCCAGGCAGAUCCGGUAGUGGCUAUUGCUCGUGACCAGAGCAGUGUGUACUUGCAGCUUCUGAUGCAUGAGACUCAGCCUCCCUCCCAGUUUACUGUCAGCACAAUCACACGGACAUAUCGAGGCUACAGCCUAUCACCAGGUGUGUCAGAUAUCACAGUGGAAAACAACUUGUCUAGAGUGAUCACUACCAUCUCUCACGCCCUCACCUCCUCCACCUCCAGAGCUCUGACUUUUGGCUGCUGUGAGGCCCUCUGUCUGCUCUCCUCUACUUUCCCGGUGUCCACAUGGAGCACAGGAUGGCACUGUGGCUUUGUCAGCUCACCUGUGUUCCACUCCACCCGCUCCAGCCAGUACCGUGCCCGCGGACGCUCCUUCAGUCUUUCUCAGUCUCAGUCUGGCAGCAGCGAGGAGAAUCGCAGGACUCUGACUGUGGGCGUUGCCAGCAUGGUACUAUCGCUGCUCUCUUCUGCCUGGUUCCCGCUGGACCUCUCUGCCCAUCAGGACGCCUUGCUGCUGGCCGGAAACUUAAUUGCUGCUGCUGCUCCAAAGUGCAUGAAGAGUCCAUGGUCUGGUGAAGAGGAGUCCAGUUCUACCCCCUCCAAACAAGAAGAGGCGUGGCCUGCCCUUAGUGACCGCUCCCUGGUUGCUAUGGUGGAGCAGCUGUUCUCCCACCUUCUGAAGAUCCUCAACAUCUGUGCACAUGUGCUGGACGACACAUCCCCAGGCCCUGCUGUCAAGGCUACUUUGCCCUCUUUGGCCAACACUCCAUCACUGAGCCCAAUAAGGCGGAAGGGCAAAGAAAAAGAAAUUUCUGAGCCCAGCACAACCCCCAUGAGCCCAAAGAAAGGAGGAGAGACCAAUGCAGGCAGACCAGCAGAAAGCACAGGAACAGUUCCAGUGAGCAAAUCCACCUCAGUGGGCAGCUUCUACCAUCUGCCCCCUUACUUGAAGCUGUAUGAUGUGCUGAAAGCCACUCAUGCCAACUAUAAAGUAACACUGGACCUCCACAGUACAAAUGAGAAAUUUGGCAGCUUCUUGCGUUCAGCCCUUGAUGUUUUGUCCCAGUUGUUGGAGCUGGCCACCCUGCACGACAUUGGCAAGUGUGUGGAGGAAAUCUUGGGUUAUCUAAAAUCCUGCUUCGCACGGGAACCUACCCUGUCCACCGUGUGUGUCCAACAGCUGCUGAAGACCCUCUUUGGGACAAACCUGGCUUCCCAGUAUGAUGGGGCCUCCUCCCACCCAUGCCGAUCUCAGGGAAAGGCCCUACGCCUGGGCUCAUCCAGCUUGAGACCAGGCCUCUACCACUACUGCUUCAUGGCACCGUACACACACUUUACACAGGCUCUCGCAGAUGCCAGUUUAAGGAACAUGGUGCAAGCUGAACAAGAGCAAGAUGCGUCAGGAUGGUUUGAUGUAAUGCAGAAAGUGUCCAAUCAGCUGAGGUCCAGCAUCACCAAUGUAACACGCCAUCGAGGAGACAAGAAUGCCAUCCACAACCACAUUCGUCUGUUUGAGCCAUUGGUGAUCAAAGCGCUGAAGCAGUACACCACCAGCACCUCUGUGGCCUUGCAGAGACAAGUGCUGGAUCUGCUUGCUCAGUUAGUGCAGCUCAGAGUCAAUUACUGCUUGCUUGAUUCAGACCAGGUGUUCAUUGGCUUUGUGCUGAAGCAGUUUGAGUAUAUUGAGGUGGGGCAGUUCAGGGAUUCCGAGGCAAUCGUUCCCAAUAUUUUCUUUUUUCUGGUGCUACUGUCGUAUGAGCGGUAUCACUCCAAACAAAUCAUCAGCAUUCCAAAGAUUAUUCAGCUAUGUGAUGGCAUCAUGGCCAGUGGCAGAAAAGCAGUUACACAUGCGAUACCCGCUCUGCAGCCUAUAGUGCAUGACCUUUUUGUGCUCCGGGGCUCCAAUAAGGCUGAUGCAGGCAAAGAGCUGGAGACCCAAAAAGAGGUGGUUGUGUCCAUGCUGCUGCGACUUAUACAGCACCACCAGGUCUUGGAGAUGUUUAUACUGGUCCUGCAGCAGUGUCAUAAGGAGAAUGAAGACAAAUGGAAGAGGUUGUCACGUCAGAUUGCUGACAUAAUCCUGCCGAUGAUUGGCAAACAACAGAUGCACCUGGACUCUCCUGAAGCACUGGGAGUGCUGAACACAUUGUUUGAGACAGUGGCUCCUUCCUCUCUGAGACCAGUGGACAUGCUCCUGAAGAGCAUGUUUGUCACGCCUUCGACAAUGGCAUCAGUUGGCACAGUGCAGCUCUGGGUGUCUGGUAUUCUGGCAAUCCUUCGGGUGCUGAUCUCCCAGUCCACAGAGGAUAUAAUUCUAUCCCGUGUCCAGGAGCUGUCUCUGUCUCCAUAUCUUCUCUCUUGCCCGGCCAUCUGCCGUCUUCGCAAUGAUGACCCCUCACCUCCAACUGCCCCGACCAGUGCUGCAAUAGAGACUAAUGGAGAACCACAACGCUUCCCGCCCGAAGAGACUUUUGCCAGAUUUCUUUUGCAGUUGGUUGGAGUGUUGUUAGAUGAUAUAUCUAGUAAGCAGGUGAAAGUGGAUAUGACUGAGCAGCAGCACACUUUCUACUGCCAGCAAUUGGGCACUCUUCUCAUGUGUCUCAUCCACAUCUUCAAAUCAGGAAUGUUCCGGCGGAUCACGGCUGCAGGCAGCCGUCUGCUGAAGGCGGAGGGGGGUGAGGCGGGCAGUUUCUACCCUCUGGAGGGGCUUAAUGGCCUGGUGCUGCAGCUCAUCACCACGCACCCCUCCUUAGUGCUACUCUGGUGCCAGGUGCUGCUCAUAAUCAACUACACCAACUACACAUGGUGGUCUGAAGUACACCAAACCCCUAGGAGACACAGUCUGUCCAGCACCAAAUUGUUGAGUCCUCACUCAUCUGGAGAGGGGGAGAUGGAGAAGCCGGAGGGGAAGCAGGCUAUGUGCAACAGAGAAAUUGUGCGCAGAGGAGCGCUCAUCCUCUUCUGUGACUAUGUGUGCCAGAACCUACAUGAUUCAGAGCAUUUAACGUGGUUGACGGUGAAUCAUGUCCGGGAUCUGAUCAGUCUUUCUCAUGAGCCGCCUGUGCAGGACUUCAUCAGUGCAGUGCAUCGCAACUCUGCAGCUAGUGGACUCUUCAUCCAGGCCAUCCAGUCCCGCUGUGAAAACCUCUCUACACCGGUGAUGUUGAAAAAGACUCUACAGUGUCUGGAGGGGAUUCACCUGAGUCAGUCUGGAGCGCUGCUCAUGCUUUACGUGGACAAGUUGCUGAACACUCCCUUCCGUGUGCUGGCCCGCAUGGUGGACACCCUUGCCUGCAGACGUGUGGAGAUGCUGCUUGCUGAGACUUUGCAGAAUAGUAUAGCUCAGCUGCCAGUGGAGGAGCUGGACAGGAUCCAAGAAUACCUCCAGACGAGUGGCCUAGCUCAGAGGCAUCAGAGGUUCUACUCCCUGCUGGACAGGUUCCGAGCCACUGUUGCUGAGGAAACCGCAAGCCCCUCCCCUCCCAUUACCUCACACCCACUGGAUGGGGACCCACCCCCUCCCCCUGAGAAUGUUGUAGCAAGUAAGGAGUGGUAUGUUGCUCUGGUGAAAUCCCAGUGUUGUUUGAAAGGCGAAGGAGCACUCUACGAGACCACAGACCUGCUCACCAAACUACCCCAGGCUGACCUAAAGGCCAUCAUGUCCUGCAAGGACUUUAACAUGUGUCUGUUAGCUCCAUGUUUGAGUGUUGGCCUGCAGAGGCUGUGCAGAGAUCAGGGGGCAGUUCUUUUUGAGACCGCCCUACAUGUGACAUUUGAACAGUUGGCCAGCAUCACGGCGCUCCUUCCCUCCCCUCAUCAGCCCCUCUUGCUCUCCUCCCAAGCCAGCAUGGACUCCUCCUACGGGAAUGCACUCAGUGGUGUAUAUGGAGAGCCUGGCUUCUAUCAGACAGUGGUGAGUGUUUGUGGGGCGUUGAGUCAGUACCUACUGGCUCUGCCAAAACUGCCCUCUCCUCUGCAGAUCCCUCCUGCUGCAGAACACCUCAUCACCUCCUUCAGCACCCUUGCCAUAGAGCUUGUGGCAUGGCGGUUGCUGCAGGACCGGCUACCUCUCAGUGUGGAUGUGCAGAUCAGCGUGUCCUGCUUGUGUCUGGCUCUUCAGCAGCCCACAGUCUGGACACACUUUGCCUCUCGUGCCUACCUCACACACACCUGCUCCAUUAUCCACUGCAUUCAGCUGCUCAUUUACUCAGUCGCAGUCGGUCCUGGUGACCAACUUGUGAGGCCUGAGAAGAAAUCACGCUCAGACCGUGACUCUGAGGAGGACCAGGUGGACUCUGCACCAGACAAUAUACGUGAGCAGCGGUGUUGUGAGAUUAUGGCUGAGCUGGUGGAAAGCCUGCAGUGUGUUCUCGCUCUUGGUCACCACAGAAACAGCAAUAUCCCAGCAUUCCUUACCCCUACCCUUCGGAAUGUCAUAAUCAGCCUGGCUAGGCUGCCUCUGGUUAACAGCUACACACGGGUCCCACCACUGGUCUGGAAGCUGGGCUGGUCCCCCAGACGUGGUGGGGAGUUUGGGACAGCACUGCCUGAGAUUCCUGUUGAGUUCCUCCAGGAGAAAGACAUCUUCAGAGAAUUCCUUUACCGCAUUAACACUUUGGGUUGGAGCAGCAGGACUCAGUUUGAGGAGACCUGGGCCACUCUAUUAGGGGUGCUGGUCACCCAGCCAAUCACUAUGGACCAAGAAGAGGAGAGCCAGCAAGAGGAGGAUCUGGAGAGGACUCAGAUAAAUGUUUUAGCCGUGCAGGCCAUCACCUCACUGGUGCUGAGCGCCAUGACUCUGCCUGCAGCUGGGAACCCUGCAGUCAGCUGCCUGGAGCAGCAGCCACGCAACAAGAGCCUCAAAGCUCUUGACACCAGGUUUGGGCGUAAGCUGAGUGUGAUCAGAGGUGUGGUUGAGAGGGAGAUUCAAGCCAUGGUGUCCAAGAGAGACAACAUAGCCACACACUUCCCUUACCAAGCCUGGGACCCAGUACCGUCGUUGUCAUCUUCAUCUGCAGGCACUCUGAUCAGCCAUGAGAAGCUCCUCCUUCAGAUCAACACUGAGCGAGAGAUGGGCAACAUGGACUAUAAACUAGGCCAGGUGUCCAUUCACUCUGUGUGGUUGGGGAAUAAUAUCACUCCUCUGAGGGAGGAAGAGUGGGGUGAAGAUGAGGAAGAUGAAACAGAUGCUCCAGCACCUUCCUCGCCACCAACAUCUCCUAUUAACUCCAGGAAACACCGAGCUGGAGUAGACAUUCACUCCUGCUCCCAGUUCCUCCUGGAGCUCUAUAGCCAGUGGAUCCUCCCUGGCAGUCCCAGCAAUAGAAAAACACCUGUAGUGCUUAUCAGUGAGGUGGUGCGUUCGCUGUUGGCGGUGUCUGAUCUGUUUACGGAGAGAAAUCAGUUUGAUAUGAUGUUCUCCACCCUGAUGGAGCUGCAGAAGGUCCAUCCACCAGAGGAUGAGAUUCUCAACCAGUACCUUGUCCCUGCUAUUUGCAAAGCAGCCGCUGUGCUGGGCAUGGAUAAGGUGACAGCAGAGCCUGUGUGUCGGCUGCUGGAGACGACGCUGCGGAGCACUCAUUUGCCUAGUCGAAUUGGAGCACUGCAUGGAGUUCUGUACGUGCUGGAGUGUGACCUUUUGGAUGACACUGCGCGCCAACUCAUACCCACCGUCAGCGAAUAUGUACUGUCUAAUCUUCGGGCCAUCGCCCACUGUGUGAACCUGCAUAAUCAGCAGCAUGUGUUGGUGAUGUGUGCUGUGGCAUUCUACAUGAUGGAGAACUACCCACUGGAUGUGGGGUCAGAGUUCAAUGCAGGGGUCAUCCAGCUGUGUGGUGUAAUGCUCUCUGCCAGUGAGGAAGCCACUCCAUCAGUGAUCUACCACUGCACACUGCGAGGUCUGGAGCGUUUGCUUCUGUCUGAACAGCUGUCACGGAUGGACGCAGAGACACUGGUGAAGCUGAGCGUGGAUCGCGUGAACAUGCCUAGUCCGCACCGCGCCAUGGCCGCCCUGGGUCUCAUGCUCACCUGCAUGUACACAGGGAAGGAGAAAGGGAGUCCUGGUCGCCCGGCUGAUGCAGAUCCCACAGCUCCUGACAGCGAGUCGGUUAUUGUUGCCAUGGAGCGUGUCUCUGUUCUCUUCGACAGGAUCCGAAAAGGUUUUCCUUGUGAAGCAAGGGUGGUGUCUCGCAUCCUGCCACAGUUCCUAGAUGACUUUUUCCCGCCGCAGGACGUCAUGAACAAAGUCAUUGGAGAGUUCCUGUCCAAUCAACAGCCUUAUCCACAGUUCAUGGCAACAGUGGUUUAUAAGGUGUUUCAGACACUUCAUGCCACAGGCCAGUCCUCCAUGGUGCGAGACUGGGUGCUACUCUCUCUUUCCAACUUCACACAGAGAACACCUGUUGCCAUGGCAAUGUGGAGCCUAUCCUGCUUCUUUGUCAGUGCCUCCACUAGCCAGUGGAUCUCUGCCCUCCUGCCUCAUGUGAUCAGUCGCAUGGGCAAGUCAGACACCGUGGACGUUAGCCUGUUCUGUCUGGUUGCCAUGGACUUCUACCGACAUCAGAUUGACGAGGAGUUGGAUCGCAGGUCCUUCCAGUCUGUUUUUGAGAUGGUGGCAUCGCCUGGUAGCCCUUAUCAUCAGCUACUGUGCUGUCUGCAGAGCAUCCACCAGGACACAUCACUCUGAGACAUGCCAGAAUAAUUCUACCAAGAUGUGUCGCUGUGAGACAGACCAUAAUGCUAUACUAGCUUAGAUCUGAACAAGAUACACCAUAUUAAUUCAGCCACGGUGAUCACUUCGAGCUAUAUCACUUUUAGACUGACCAUAAUACAGAGCUUAUACAGUCUAUAGUACUCUAAAAGGCCCUAUUAUGAGACAUGGCCGCAUCAUACCAGGAGUUGAAUGGGGACCUAGGCAGUCUACUGUGAUGUUGACCAUUAAAAAUAAAUAAAUAAACACAAGACCCCAUCAUAGUUGGCUGAUGCAAGAAAUGGUAGGAUUUCAAUCAGUUCAAAGUUAUUGCAUCCUCAAGAUGCUAGAUCCCAUAAUGCAUUUGGAAAAAAAAAACUGGAAUGGUCAGCUUUAAAAGAUGCUACCGAGGAAUAUCGCUGUUAUAGGAGCAGAGUCUUUCGUGCAUUCUGUUCAAAGUUGACUUUCAGGCUCAGCAUCUGUAAGGAAAUUGACAAUGGAGCGCAACUGGUCUGAUCUCAGAGACGUUAACACACAGCAUAUGAAAUUCAGUUAGACGGAAUGUCAGAUAGCUGAUAUGGAGAUAAAACAGCAGGUCAUUCACACUGGCAAGCAAGCAAGUAAUUUUACAUGGUGAUCAGAAACACUGCACUACUCACAGUGAAAAAAGUACACAGCCUCUUUUACACCAGUAUACAUUCAGGAUCCGAUUUUUCCAGCCUUGCAACUUUUCAACUCUUUUAGUGUUGUCACUCGCUUAACUAUCCCACAACAGCAAAGCCAACACAUAGAUGGACUCCCCAGUCAGACGUCACCAUAUCCACAUGUAAUGGUAAACAUAUUUCAGGAAAGUUCACUAUUUAAGGUGUUUACUGUUCAGCUUGGAACUAGCGCACGCAAGUUGGAUGUAUCAUAUCUGAUUGUGGUUCUCGACCUCACCCCACCAUUUCUUUCUAUUUUCUCUAAACUCGCCUCUUCCCGCCCUAGAAGCAAAACAUUUUUUUCCCUCCUUGCUCUUAAGUCAUUCCUUUUGCACAAACAAUGCAUCAGUUCGCCCUUUCUGACUUUUAGCACUUGGAGAAAAUUGAUAACUUUAAUUGCAAACUGACUUUAUGUAACUCUCCCUUAUGUGAGGGAGCUACUUAAGCCAUGUUGAAAUGAGAAGAUGAAAUUAUUUCCAUGUAUUUAAAACAUAAUGUGCUAGAUGAUUCUGUUUUGUUUUAUGUUGCAAAUAAUAGAAUUGGCUAGUGCGAAGUUUACUAUUCUCUUAAGUCCAGCUGUCUUUUUAAUUUUAAUGUUUAUUUUUUAAAAUUAAAAUAAGAUACUUGCUUCUCAUUUAUAAGCCCUCUAGGAAAGGGUUUGAAAUAGCCAUAGUGCUUGGUGUUGUUUUAAUUCAUGGCAGGUAAAAAAAUCAGUACUUCAAGACAGCAUCUGAAACUACUGCACAUGAAUUUACAUUGGUUUAAUGUAAUCUAGUUACACCUUCAUAAUGGUUUGUUAGUUUGUUUUGAUUUCUUUUAAUGCUCAGGAUGUAACGUGAUUAUUGAUGUAGAGUCACAACUGGAAGUCUGUCUUUUAUGUUGAGUGUCUAAAUAAUGUAAAAUUUAUGUAAAAAGAAAAGAAAAAUAUUUGUGUUAAACUUCCAAAACUCUGUGGUGCAUGAGGAUAGCCACCAAAAGAAAAGAUGGCAUGAAGACCACAGUUACUGAAUGUGUGCAAACUACUACACACUAUGAAGAUGACACACCGCGUCAGUGCUUCAGGGUUUCUCCAUGUAGAGAGACGCAGUUGAAUUACAGAAACUGACAGCUAUUCACUCUUUAAAGGCCUGGAAUGAACAAUCAUGUUAUAUUUGCUUUGACUGCAUAGACAUCACUUCACUGUAAAUAGAAGCCUUAGUCAACAACCUGGCAACAUCUUGUAUAUUUAAGCCUGCAGCAUGCUGUUGUCUGCUUUCAAUAUUAAAUCGGUAUUUUCACGUGAUGUCAAAACUACAGUGGAGGGGGGGGCCACUUUUUUUGUGGUCGGCUUAAGUAUAAUGACCAAUGAAAAACUUGGAAGAAAUUGGGCAGGUUGUCUUUAGGUACCCCGGCAUGCUUAUUGGCUCUAAUAUGGCAACAGAGUUUGUCUGUCUUGUUGCAUUACAGUCAUAGCUUUAGGUAUAUUAAAUAUGAACUAAUAUCCAGUGCUGUCUGCGAUGUUUUAGUGGUGUAGAGAGGCAGAGAUAUCCAGCCUUUGACAUUUUCACAGUUGAAGUGUACCCUUGUAUAGACACACUCGGUCGAUGUUUCUUCAUGCACUCAGAGGUUUCUCAAUUGUAAAAGCAUUCUUUUGGCGUCGACGGUGCUCCAAAUUCUGCAUUUACACAAUAAACUUUUAACUCCUGUGUUGUUUGGUAGCUACUUUUAAGAUGCAAAAGCUUGAAGGAUUGCAAAAACCCAAAAGAGUCGAAGCUGGAAUGACUCAAACGCCUUUAUCUAGGUGUUAAAAUCAGCAACUCGUAAGACUUCACAGCCUAUUUCAAGAAUUAGUGGGCUGCUUUGAUGGAUUUAGCACAUCGCUGAGCUCAAGCCCUGAGAAUACAGGAUGCGCUUUCUUUUAUUUUCCCUCACUUUUUUUUCUAUUUUCCAGUCCCCCCACCCUGCAUCCUUCCCCUGCUUAAGUUCCUUCAGUAAUGAUCUGAAGAUCCAUUUUUUCAUUGUAAUUGAGGCAUAGAUCAAUCAGUAUGUGGGGACAGUAGAUGGACUUUCUGCCCCAUCAGUGCACGUCUGGUAGGGAAGGUUGGCGGAUGUGUAAGUGUGUGUACUCAGUUCAGAACAGCAGUGUAGGAGGCUGUGAUAGUCUUGCACUGGAGCCUCCUGAACACCUGCUGUUUCUGCUUUAAGUAUUCCAACUUACUUCUGCAGGCUUGAUGCAGUCGAAUGAAGACAAAGUCGUUGUAUUUAAUGUAAUGGCUUAUUUUAAUAUAAAAUUACUGGAAAGAUUAUAAUGUAGUAAUAAAAUGAAGAAUAAAAUGUUUAAAAACGUU